CAAUCACAUGACACGACGCGGAAGUCGAUGGCUUUUGUUACGUUGUUUGCAGUCAGUGUUGCAGUUCAGCAGUAAUACUGUACGAGUCUGUAACUUGUAACUUGUGUAGCGAACUAGUUCAACUGGAGUGGUUUAAACAGUUGUAUCUUGUAGCACGACGAGUGUAUCCCGGUCUUUCCAAAAUGCUUAAUGCACCUGCUGCCGAGAGGAAUAAGGAGCCCAUCCUUGCCGUGCUUCGUGAGAGUGUGGAUACUGCUAAAUCGUUAAAUGCGUUGGAGAUAUCGUCUGGUACGGGGCAACAUGUCACGCAUUUCGCACAGGGGUUACGAAAUAUCACCUGGCAGCCGUCAGAAUACGACAGACAGUCUUUAGCCAGCAUAGAUGCAUACAGAGCGCAUCACAACCUGCCUAACGUGAAGCCCGCCAUCCACCUCGACGCCUCUCUGUCCUGUGAGAACUGGGGGGGGAUCCAGCCCGAAUCCCUGGAUCUGGUACUCAACAUCAACAUGAUCCAUAUUUCUCCAAUGGCCUGCACUGAGGGUUUGUUUCAAGGCGCGGGAGUCGUUCUGAAACCGCAAGGAGUUCUGCUGACAUACGGACCCUAUGCACUGAACGGGCAGAUCACCCCACAAAGCAACAUUGACUUUGACCUUAGUCUACGGUCGAGGAAUCCAGAGUGGGGCCUACGGGAUGUAACACUGCUGAGGUCUAUGGCAGAAAAGAGUGGCCUGUUCCUGGAGAAAAUGGUUGACAUGCCUGCUAACAACAAGUGUCUUCUGUUCCGGAAAGAAAGUCUGGUGUGAAGAAGGCUUCUGACUACAUCUGCGAGGUUCCAUUCCAACAUGACUCUCUUGUCUGUACAGGGUACAACAGGAUGGACCAGCUAUGGACCUUUUGUGUUGUUGAAAAUGAACCUGAACUAUCACUACGUUCCAUGUGACGCUCCACAAUCCCUCAAAUACAUGUUCACAAAAGUAGGCUUUUUUUUUCCCAUACACGUGAUUUAUUAUUUGCAAAACUUGGAAAACAAUAUGUAGGAUAUUAUUAUUUAUUUUUUUUGCAUGACACUUUCAAAAAAAAAUUAUCCACCAGCAUGGAGGAUCAAUGAAUAAGCAUUCACUUCAUAUGAAGAGGAGGGCAUUGAAGUUGUGGGAUUUCAAGUUGAUUCCCAUUACACUACACCAUAAAAUAUAGUACGAUGAAAAUUACAAAUCACUUCAAAAUAGUACAAAUCACUGCAAAAUAGUACAAUAAAUGUUACAUUGAAUAAAAAGGUUUUACACAUUACAACUCACGUUUCAUUUGAAUAAAUCAUUUUGAAUAUUG